AUGGAGAACGACCAACGGGAAUUCGCGUACCUCGUCGGAGUAGGAGUCUCACAUUCCAUCGCACCUCCUAUGCACGAGUUCAUUGCCCGCUCGUUAGGUUACAACUGGCGGUUCCUCGCCCAAGAAUGUCCCACUGUCGAAAACGCCAUGGAGCUGUUCCGCAAGCCCACCUUCGCCGGCGGAGUGGUCACCAUGCCCUACAAAACCAUGAUCAUGGCUCAUCUCGAUGGCCUGGACGACUACUGUGUUAAGAUCGGCGCGUGCAACACUGUCUACCGAGCGACUGACGAUUCUCUCCAUGGAACGAAUACUGAUUGGCGUGGGAUCAAGUCCUGUCUGACUUCCGCUUCCGAGGAAGGUAAGGGCAGACCGGCCCUGAUCAUUGGCGCGGGAGGAGCGUGCAGAGCAGCUGUCUAUGCUUUGUACGAAGAGCUUGGAUGCACUCCAAUCUACGUGGUGAAUCGUGAUGAGGGCGAAGUGAGGACUCUUCUGGAGGAUACGAAGCGCUACGGGGAUGGCCUUAAGAUCGCCCAUCUUCGAACAGUUGAAGAAGCUACAAGUUUGGCUAAAGUGCCAUACUACAUCGUUGGCACCGUGCCGGACUCUGAGCCGCAAACUAGCACGGAAAUAGCAGCGCGCGAUAUUCUCGUUACAAUUCUGUCGUCCUCGCCCGAGAAAGGGGUCCUUUUAGACAUGUGCUUCAAGCCGCGGAGGACUCGGACUUUGAAGCUGGGAGAGCAAUACGGAUGGACUACGGUUGAAGGCACGGGAAUUAUUGCGCAUCAGAUUGACGAGCAGUAUCGGUUAUGGUGCGGUGAACAAUAUAGUAAGCGGAUUCCCAGACAAGAGGCCUGGGGAGUGUUGCAAACGGCCGCGGAGGAGAGUCCGGCAAUCAAUUUUUGA